GCGAUUUCCAUCUGAGCCCCCAGCUGGAAACCCAAUCUCAGCGAGGCGGCGGCAAAACGCGCCGCAUAAUUGUCACCUUCUCACAUGUACAAACCUCCAAUGUACUACGUAGUUCCUUUCAUUUCCCCUUUCGCAACAUGGUCCACACUGCUCCCCAAGGUUUCUGGUCUGACUUUUACAACGGCGAGGCCAAGCCGGCCAACUUGACCGACGCCAACGGCGUGUCCAUCACGAUCAACGACCUCAACCCGAUCGUGCUCGUGCUUCUAUCGGCAUACUGGUGUCCGCCCUGUCGUGCACUCACCCCGAGCCUGGUGCAGUUUGCCGCUGAUAACAAGGACCAAGUGUCGGUUGUGUACUUUUCUCGCGACAUCAACUCGACCAUGCAGGACUUCAACCUGAGCACCAAGCCCACGUACAACCGGUACGAGUGGUCAGAGUCCAACAUCAAAGUGUUUGCGCAGCUCAAGGCCGCGUACCCGUCCAUUUUGGGCAUCCCGACGCUGUUUGCUGUGGACCGGGACACGGGCAAAGUGCUGUCGGAGCGCGCGGCUGUGAGCAUCCGAUCGCGCACCGCGACCGUGAUCGAAGAGUGGAAGCGCGGCGAGGACAUCACGGACGAACAGGCCAAAGAGUGGUGGGAAACCACCCGCGGGGAUCUGCCCGAGGUGGACAUCUUGCCGCACUUGCCGCUCGAAUCGAUCGUGGACGCCAAGGGGCGCCCCGUAGCGGUGGACAGUUUGAACCAGUUCAUCAUCUUGUACUUUGGCGCGAAAUGGGCCCAAACUGAAGACUCGCUGACGUCGGCAGUCGCGAGCUUCGCCAGCGAGCACCCUGAGGACGUCAGCGCCAUCUAUUACAGCCUGGACGUGGAGGAGAGCGAUGCCGACAAGGUCGUGGCGGGUACGGACCUCCUCCGGUUCAAGUGGAGCCAGGAUCUGGCCAAGACGCUGUAUAACGUGGACAAGAUCAUGACAAAGGACAACGACCGCAACACCCUCGCGGCCCCCCGAGUGCUCGUGUACGAAAAGUCGACCCACAAGCUGGUGGCGCGUCACCAGUAUGGUAUUUUGAUUAACCCCACGGAACUCCUCGCGGCGUGGAAGCAGGGCGAGAGCGGCGUCACCGACGACGAAAUCAACGCGUGGUUUAGCGCCAAGCGCGCGGCGGACCUCAAGAAGAAGGAGGCCGAAGACGCGGCCAAGAAGGACGUUGCCGCCACGGCCUAACUUGUUAAUAUGUACUACUAUUGAAACGAAGACUUAUUAUGUAUUCGUGAGAA